AUGAUGCAAAGGAGACUAUUUUCGACAGCUAGGGUGCUUCAGCAUGAAAAUCCACUAGGCCUACCUCGCUCCGGCACCCCGCCGUCACUCCGGAGCCGGCGCGGAUUACCGGAGAAGCGCAAGAUUCGCGAUGUGAAGAAGGUGAUUGCAGUUUCGUCUGCUAAGGGUGGAGUCGGGAAGUCGACGGUAGCAACAAACCUCGCCCUCUCCUUCGCCCGCCGCGGAAUCCGCACCGGCAUCCUAGAUACAGAUAUCUUCGGCCCUUCAAUCCCAACACUCCUCAAUCUCUCCGGCCAGCCGCGGCUAGACGAAAAUGAUCGUCUCCUCCCGCUAACAAACUACGGCCUAAAAUCCAUGUCUAUGGGCUAUCUCCUCCCAUCCCCAGAACAGGAUCCUGCAGCAGAUAUUAACACCAACCAAACGCCAAUGGAUACGACGCCGAUUUCCUGGCGUGGAUUGAUGGUUACGAAGGCAAUGCACCAAUUACUACAUUCUGUGUCGUGGGGUCCGCUCGACGUGCUGUUUUUGGAUCUUCCGCCGGGAACAGGAGAUGUGCAGCUCACCAUAAACCAAGAGAUCAUCCUCGACGGUGCUGUUAUCGUAACUACGCCGCAGGAUAUCGCGCUGCGAGACGCAGUCCGCGGGUUCGGAUUGUUCAGUAAAAUGGACGUCCCCGUGUUGGGCAUGGUGAGGAACAUGGCCUUCUUCGCGUGUCCGAAGUGCGGGCACCAAACACGUAUCUUUUCCCACGGUGAACAUCACCAUCACGGCGACGCCGCCGAAGACUCAGGUGUCGUGGCACAGUGUAAACGACUCGGUGUGCAGUUCCUAGGUGAUAUCCCGCUUGAUGCAAAGGUGUGCGAGGAUGCGGAUAGGGGUGUACCGACUAUGGUGAGCGAGGAGAGCGAGGAGAGGAGUGCUAGGAGGCAGGCGUUUUUGGAUGUUGCGGAGAAGGUUGCGGGGAAGGUUGGUUUAAGCUGGUAG